CCACUUUUCCGACAUAACGAAGUGGUGCCAUUUCAUGGUAGAAACCACGGGUUUGUGCACUUCGCGAAGGCCAGACCUUCAAAUCUCUUUCCGGAAAGCAAUAUUGAGGCUUCGGUACCCGGAACUUUCUUUCGCUCACCGUCAUGACGGCUCCCUCAACUGACGCGCCUGGUUCAUCUCUUUCGGAGUUAUACAUAGAGUGCAUACAGUCAUUCGCAGAAUUCCUUGUUGUCCUCGACGAAAAGGACUGCCGUGUGAUCUGUCUUGAGCAGGUUCAUCUUCCCGAGAUACUAGAAGAGUACGGAAGGGUCAAGGUUUGGGGCGAUCAGACUAAGGCAGAACUACCAGCAAGAGCUCGUGGGUCUUUGGACGACACCCUACGGCACGAUGAUAAGCUCAGAGAUUUGGUGCAGGCCAUUCUCAUGCGACUCAAAGCACUCCUCAGUCAAGCCACAUGUAUCGCUAGAAGAAAGCGUGAUCUUGUCCUUGGAUCAGACCGUGACUCGAUUAGCAGUGUUAGCGCCGACUCGGAGUCUGAUUUGAGCGAAGAUGGCGAACACCACCACUAUAGGGUGCCAAAGAUUCGUCUGCUGGUCCAGCAGAUACUGGGGCAGAUCCGAUCGCUAUACGACCUGUCUGCUUUGCUGCGGCGCCCGAAGAUUGCAGACAAAUAUAUCAGCUCUAUCAACUCAAGAUCACAUAUAGCCACACUCAACAACCCUGACCACGUGCCACUAAGUGUCGCGUUCGGCAGACUUGACGAAACCCAUGUGGCGGAGAAGGUGCUACAAUGGCGCGGCUUGACUAGGGGCGUGCAGGGUAUCGAUUUUGAGGUUGAGAACGUUGCUCCGAUGGGACAAGAGUUGACGGGGUAUGGCGUUGAAGACAUUCUGUGGUUUUGCCAACGACUUGCAGCAGCGAACACAAGACGACGUGAACAAUUUCAAUACUGGGCUGAUCAUCCAUAUGACCCCAGCCAAGAGACUAUCAAUGCAGCUCGACUGGCCAACCCACGUCUGGCCCAGUAUCACACCAAAAAAGUGGAAGAAAAACACGAACCAAAAAACCAAGCGCCGACCUUUCAGCCUUCCAUUCCUGGUUUCCAGCAGAAAGGUCCCAGGUCAGCUGUGUCGAAACAAAGUUUUUCUACUGCUCCUGUCUCAGACAUUCACGACACAAAGACCAACGUACGGCCGCGGACCGUCUAUGCGCCCACAGCCGUCGGUCAAGGGCGUUACAAUUCUGUACCAAAUCCCCCCGUCAAGGAAAAUAAAACCACUUUUUCAUGUCCGUACUGUGGGACGACUCUUGAGUCUAGCAAGAUGAAGGACAGGCAGUCAUGGAAACGCCAUGUAUUUCGCGACCUCCGUCCCUACAUCUGCACAUUCGAAGAGUGCCAGAACGGUGGGAAGCUGUACGUCAGCCGGCACGACUGGAUCUAUCACGAGCUUCAAAUUCACCGGCGCAAAUAUGUCUGCAAAGUAUGCCAGAUGACGUGUUUCAACAGGAAGGAAAUGUCAACUCAUAUUCGAGAACACUAUGAUGAAUCAAUCUCACCAAGUCAGUUAGGCGUCAUUCUAGAUCUCUGCAAUCACCAGGUGGAUAUCUCAGACCCCGAGAAAGACCCAUGUCUUGUCUGUGGAGAAGAGCUCCCAUUGUCGGCAUUGCAGAAACAUCUUGCCGCUCAUAUGGAGGACAUCGCCCUCUUCGUAUUACCCAAUACUAAUGAAGAGGAGGAUUGUGGAGAUUCGAAGGCCUCGGUGCGGGGGGUGAAUGCGAGUUCUCAAGACAAAACCAGUGAUACAGAGUCGGAGGCAAGCGAUCCUGGAUAUUUUGCCUCCGAAGAAUAUCGGCAAAUUCCGACUGAUUUCUCGAAGCUUCUCCCCAGCGAAGAAGUGGGAUAUAGUUCAAAGUUUAUGUCGUGGAGAACAACAGACGAGGACCAAGCAUCGGCACCGGUCGAAGCAAUGUUGGAGACGAACAAGACGGUUCUUGGCGAGAAUCAUCCUGAAACGCUGACCAGUAUGGUCAAGCUGGCAUGGAUCUACGUUAGUCAAGGCCGGUGGAAAGAGGCUGAGCAGCUCCAGGUGCAGGUGAUAGAUAAGCACAAGAUUAUACUCGGCCCUGAACAUCCUAACACGCUAUCUACUAUGGCCGACCUAGUAUCAAUCUACAUUAACCAGAGCCGAUGGGAAGAGGCCCAGGAGCUUUCAGUACAGGUGAUAGAGAUGCGCAAGACUAUAAUCGGCGCUGAACAUCCUGACACGCUAUCUGCUAUGACCGACCUAGCAUUAACCUAUAUCAACCAGAGCCGGUGGGCAGAGGCCCAGGAGCUUGUGAUACACGUGACAGAUAUACGCAAAACUAUACUCGGCGCUGAUCAUUCGGAAACGCUGUUAAGCAUGGCUGAUCUCGCGUUGACAUACCGGAACCAAGGCCAGUGGGAGAAGGCGGAGCAGCUCCAGGUGCAGGUGUUGAAGAAAUAUCAGAGGAAGCGCGACAUGGACCAUUCUAACCCGCUAACUAGAAGGGCCUUUACCUGGAAAUAGUCAGGUCACGAUGUUGAAGCCAUCAACUUGCUACGAGAUUGCUUAAUUCAAGAGAAACGAAAGCUUGAGGAAAACCCUCCGAUCACGGCAUCCGAUUCUGAGACACCGCUGAAAUGGGAGAUAGAGGCUGACCAUGAAUCCUCAAACAAGUUAGAUACCUAAAUAUAUAGCAAUCUCUGCU